AUGAAAUUUGCAUCUUGGAAUAUUCGUGGUCUUAAUGACCCAAACAAAAGAUUUCUAGUUAAAGAUUUUGUUCUUCGUCAGUCAAUUGACGUCAUUGGUAUUCAAGAAUCUAAGCUUUGUAAACCAAAUGCUAGAAAGCUUCGUUCUAUAGGUGGUAAUCGUUUGACACACUGGUCUAUCUUAGAUUCUUCUGAAUCCAGAGGCGGAAUCAUAGUUGGUUGGUCAAAUUCUUUCAAGUUGAUUAGUUCAUAUGUGGGUAUCUUCUCCGUUUCUGUAUCCUUGAUUCAUAUAACCUCCAAUUGGCACUUUACUUUCACUAAUGUAUAUGCUCCAAUUGAUAGAGAGGAUAAGGAGGUUUGUUGGUGGGAGCUUAAUAGGGUUCGCAAAUUGUUUGAUGGACCUUGGAUUAUUUGUGGUGACUUCAAUGCAACUUUGUGCUUAGAAGAGAGAAAUGGUAAUGGGGGUUCUCUUCGUGAUAUCAAUUCUUUUCGUAAAUUUGUUUCAUCUACUUCUCUUAUUGAUCUUCCUCUUUCUGGCCG